CAGUGACGAUGCACAUGUAGGAGCCUCCAGUUUCUCCACUUCCUCGGCUGAGAGGAGUAUGGCGCGAGGCAAGGAUAAGCGUGCGCGACAUGACUCUGCAGGGUCCAGCGAAGAUAGUGGUAGCGAGGAGCGUGAACGACGGAAGCACGAGAAGCGACGACGGCGCGAGGACGAGCCGAGGUCGUCGAAAGUUAAUGACGCGUUGAGGGAGCCGAAAGGGGAAGGUCGUAGGAGAAAAUAUGGGCGGGAAGAGAAGGAUGAUUCAGAGGAGCGAGAGGAGAGAAAGACGGAGAGGAGAGAAAUUGGGAGGCGCGAGGAGAGGGAGGGAGAACGGGAGGAACGGGAGGAAAAGAGGGGGGAGCGUGAGGGGAAGGGGGAGGGCAGGGGGAAGAAAGAGGAGAGGCGGAAACGGAAGAAGUCAAAGCGGAGAGAGAGGAGCAGCAGCCCGUCGUCUGAUGAUGCCACGUCAGCUUCGUCGUCAUCGGGCAGUGAGAGUGACGUCAGCAGUAGUGAGGACGAGCGGAGGAGGAGGCGGAAGCGGAAGGAGAGGCGGAAGAAGAAGAAGCUUCUCAAGGAGGCGAAGAAGCUUCUUAAAGAGCACAAGAGGAAGGGGAAGGAGCAAGGCCGGGGGGAGGCAGAGACAAGCAAGCGGAAACAGGAGGCGGAGGCGGAGGAGGAGGAUUUCACACCCAAUCCAGCGGUGCCCCAGAUCUCCGACGCCGAUUACUUCGCACGCAACCCCGAGUUCUCCACGUGGCUGCUGGAGUCCCGCGGCACCUUCUUCUCCGCGCUCUCCUCGGAGCAGACCCACGCCCUCUUCUCACUCUUCGCGCGCACGUGGAAUGCCGGCAAGCUGCCCCCCAAGUUCUAUGAUGGAUCCAUCACUGCAGCUGCUGUUCCCCGCUCCAACCACAACUGGGGGCUCAAGGCACGGGUGGGGGGAGCGGGGGGAGCAGGCGGCGUUGGGGAAGGGGGAGGGAGGGGAGGGGUGGGGGAGGGGGGGGAUGAGGAGGAGAGCCGGGCAGGGAGGAAGGCGAGGGAGAGGUUAGAGAGGAAGCGGGAGAGGGAGAGGCAGGCGCUGCGGAUAGAGGAGAUGGUCCCCAGGGAGUCAGGGCGCGAGGGGAUGAUUGCUGAGAGGAUGGCGCGGAGGAGGGAGAGCACGCGGGAGAGAGAGCAGAGCCCCGAGAUGGGGAUGAGGGAGAAGGAUGUGAUGGGCGGUGGGGACGACUUCCAAGCCAGGCUAGCACGGGAGAAAGCGCGCAGGGAGCAGAGAGCAGCAGCGAAGGAAGGGGGGUUGCGGGAGAGGGUGGCGAGCUACGAGGAGAGCGAGAGGGGGAAGAUGGAGCAGCUCAAAGCCAUGAUCGCCAUGGCUGGAGGGCGAAUCACCAUUGCCAAACGAGCCGACCCUGCUGUGCCGCCUUAGCAUCACCUGGAUCUUUGCCGCCAGUAUGCCUGUGCCGUGCCAGCAUCGCCAAGAGAUCAAUCUUCUACAGUUUGCCCUCUGAGUGAUGGCCCUGGGUAGGGUCUCUAGAGCCGAGUGAGCAGAUGCAAGCGGGAUGCAAGGUGGUGACUGGGGCAGGUGAGAGAGGUGGAGCAGGAGAGGGAGGAAUGAGGGAGGACUGAUGGGGGAAUGAGGGAGGACUGAUG